AUGGUGGAUCUUUCCAGCAAUCGUUUACAUGGUGCAGUUUCAUCUUCUUUUUUCCAAGAAGCUUGGAAUUUGACUAGUUUCAAUGUCUUCCGUGCUGGUUACAAUUACCUGUCAGGAUCUCUUCCAGAAGAUAUCUUUAAUUCUACCAUACUUGAAGAGAUUUCACUACCUCGAAAUUCAUUGUAUGGAGCAGUGAGUGAUAGAAUUUCCAACCUCACCAACCUGACAACCCUUGACCUCUCCUAUAACCAAUUGAGUGGUGUGCUCCCUCUCCUUCUUGGGAAGCUCUUCAAGUUGAAACACGUACUCCUUGAUUUCAACUAUCUGGAAGGUUCAUUGCCCCUAUCUCUGAUGAAUUGCACAAACCUUGUUGAACUACGUAUGGGAGCCAACAACUUGGGAGGUGAUAUCUCCAUGCUCAAUUUUUCCAAACUUAGCCAACUUAGUAAACUCGACUUGCGACUAAACAACUUCUUCGGUAUCUUGCCGAGAAGCCUCUACUCGUGCAAGUUCUUGAAAGCAAUUCGAGUGGCCUACAAUAAUCUAGAGGUUAAAAUAGAGCCUGAAAUUCUUUCAUUGAAAUCCCUGUCCUUCCUCUCACUUGGCAUGAACAAACGUUUUGACAAAUAUCUCAGAGGCAAUGAAGAUACUGAUGGGUUGCAAACGCCUUGCUGUCCUAUCAUUAGCAUCCAGUUUUUUAGGUGA